AUGCGCCGUGGUUUCGAUCAAGCGACAUCACAGCCCGGCUCCCGUCCCCUCAACACGGGACCUGGCGAGCCAUCGCAGCAGCCCUCGACUCGCACGCGACGCGUUGAGUACGAAGCAUCUGCUGUGAAGCAAGGCACCGAAGGACAAAGACCCCCGCGGACGAUCGCGUCCCGGCGCAAGUUCGCCCAGCAGCCAACACUGUCACUCCCUCAGCAGUCAAGUCAAGCACAGGAGACUUCUGAGCGAAGAUCCCCUGCGUAUCUGCAAGGCAAAAAUCCGUACGGCCAGGUCUUAGAAAGUGUCGAACAUCCUUACCGUGAAGUCAGAGCUCCAGCAGAUGCUGGACCACCGUCUCAGGCCGGUGCCAGUAUUGAAGGUCGACCACGCACUACAGGCGCUUUCCACUUCAAAACUCGAGCCGCUCCUGCUAAGCCUGAUGGACUAGCCAACAUACCGGACCCCGAGGUGCGACCAGUGCCAACACGUCAGCCCGCGAAGCCAAUUUCAGUGCAAGCUGUGAAACAUUUCUUCGAGAGUAAAGCAUCGCAGAACCGGUCAUCUCCUAUCUUCCCACCUUCUGGACCAACAGCCACAUUAACCAAGAAAAUCCAGCACCAGGAAGAGGAACCUCUGCCAUCUCGCACUCAUCAUGUUUAUGCCAAACCGAAAGCUCAAGUACAUCAUUCUAGCAUGAUUGAACGCACAGCUCCCAAACGACAAGACUCGCCCAUCCCAGAUAGUCUCUUGCCCACCACAGAUAUUGGUCUGGACGAGACCGAGUCAGCCAGAAAACAUCCUUCUACUGCUCUACUGAAUACCUCUUCUUGCGACGCCAGGGCCUUGGGCUUUGAACGCCGGGCACUCGACGAGACCCAACUGGACGAGGUUUCCAACGCGUCCUUUGUUGCCAUUAAGAAAGCCAGACAGUCACGUCAAAGCCAGGAUUCUGGAGAUACUGUAAGACGUCGUACCGUUCGCAGAUCGACAUCAGCCGCUGAGACGGAAGAGGGCAGAGCACAGGGCCCUCAGGGUCGCACACAAAAGAGUCAACGUUCCGAAUCUGGUGACAAUCUUCGAGGAGCUGUCGAAGAGGCCACACGACCAUUCCACCAUCGGACGCGGCGUUGCCAAUCACAAAGUGCCCCUCUAGAGCCUGCAGACGAUGCUCCUGAACGACUGCCGAAGCGCGCUUCGAAGACUAAGGCGGCCACGUCGCGGAAGCAAAAGCCGAACACAUACAGUGAUAGCCUCGAUGGACAUGUUGCACCUCGGGGCCUCAGCCAUGAUGGCUCAAGUUCUGAUCCUCGUGUUUCGCGACGUAGCACUGUUCAUAGUCACAUUCCCACAGCCAAUAUCGGCGUGCAAUCAGACUAUUUCGAUGUCGAGGUUCCCGAUCAUGUCGACUGGCGUAGUGCUUACGGUCGACGGAAGACACAGGACUUUGGCUUUCCCGGCGCUCGCAUCAAACCUCGCAGGACAUUCAAAGCUUACAAGCCUCUUGAAGACCCUGGCGACUGGAUCAGGCGCUCCUGUGGACAUUUCUCACACAUGGGAAAUUCCGAGGUCCGAAGCGACCCUGUUCAGCGACCUUGUCGGCAGUGUUUGGCGGAUCAUCCCCUACCCGACCUACACGAGGCGAGGAAGCGCUCGUUACGGAAGCGGGCUAUCACAGACUCCUCGAUAUCUAGCUCGUCCACCUCUAAUGUUCCCAGUAUCAGGAGAGUGCGUAGCUCAAAGCGGCGUCGGCACCAUUCUGAGUGCCUACCGGCGGGCAAAUGUGAUGAUACUUUUGCGAAAGACCUUGGGCACAUCAUCGAUGCGAUCAUAGAUGAGCACACCAACUCGUUGCAGGGUGUGAUCAACAACAUCAAACAAACACAGCCUAGUCUUUCGCAGCUUCGCAGGGUCUCUGAGGAUCUCGUACAGCGCUGCCAGCAGGGUACGAAGUGUACUAUGCCCAAACACACCUCAUGUCGAAGUCAGUGUACGCACCAGGCUGUCUGUCAGCCAGUUCAGCCUAUGUACAUCCCGAUGUACCAGCCAAUGUACCAACCAACGUGCCAACCAGUAUGUCAACCACAGGCAUGCGAAUGGCGACCACCAUGUCCAUCUGUACCACCAAAACCUGCUGAGAAGUUGAAUGUUGGCUCCCCUGGGCAAGUCAAGCCAAAUGUAAAUGACUCUCCUCCCACUCUGCGUGAGGCAGUUCAGACAGUUCCGGACUUGGUCGACCUUGUCAAUUCCGCUGCGGAUAACCUCGGGGUCGAUCUUGACAGGCGACCAACAGCUCGGGACGAUAAAAUAUUCCAGGAAGCUCCAGCACAGAACACGCCGCCAGUCGCCCCUCCGUUCCAUCAUAGCAGCCCUUUGCAAUCGGUUCGGGGUAAAUCUGGCGACGAUGAGCACUCUAGCGACGAUCCUUGGCUCCAGCAAACUCGUCGGCAUCUAUCAGAGCUGUCGGAAGCACGAACACAGAUGAUGGACGAGUUGGACACCAUUGCGGAAGAUCUUGGCAUUCAACUUCAAGACCGCCGCCCCUCAGAGCCUAUGAUCGAUCCCAUCCAACGCGUGCUCAGCAAAGUCUCUACAGGACUGUCCCGCAAAUCUACACGGUUGAGGAAUAAGUCUAUUGGUUCUGUGGUGGAGGAGAUUCCGAAAAUGAUUGACCAGAAGAUUGACGAGCGUCGACUGAGCAGAGUGCUCACCCGCAUUGCCACCCAGGCAAAAGAAAUGACAGGGGAUCAAGAACCUAGUGAGUUUCCACCGGAAGAGGUGCAGAGGUGGCUGGAGGCAGCGCAGCAUGAGCUGCCAGCCGCUAUCGACUCUAUCACCAACGUCCUUGAUACACUACCUGCUCUGAUGGAUCGUGAACCAAGCGAGUUGGAAGGGCCGCUCGAAUAUGAGCCUAUCUACUACCCACAACCCCGAUAUGUGCCAUUCUACAAUGAGCCCGAAUACGAGCCGUACUAUGAAGAGCCACCUGAAUAUGAGCUAAUCUACGAAUCAGAGCCUGAAGUCGAAUAUGACUCUGAACCUGAGCCCGAGUACGAAGAAGAAUACGAUACUAGCACUCCACCGCCACAGCGGAGGUACACUGGUCCCAUUGUGAACUUGAACGAUCGUAUUGAGGAGCUCGAGCGGCGUCUCAGAAAAGAGUCGAUACGCGAGACCUCCACUCCGCAGUCUGAGGAUGACCUCUCGAUCUCCGACGACCGUGACGAGCCACUGCCGGAGCGUAUCGCAACCCGUCAAGUGACUAUACCACCUUCGCGGAAGACCACUAUGAGGUCAGAGGAAGGCGAGGAGAAGAGCGAGCCUCAGCCUGAGGGACAACCCAUUGAGCGUAUGCAUACCGAGCGCAAGGCUCCUCUCUUGAGUCGACAGCCCACAACACAGCCUGAAAGGACUUUCUCCUUUGUUUCUCCGGUGUCGAGUGAGCAGGAAGAAGUAGUUGAGCCGACAAGCGUGCCAGGUAUGAAAGAAACAGAAGAGCAACCUUCACUUGCCAAUGAUUCGCCUCCUACAACAUCAUCUUCCUCAUCGGAAAUCAGUCUUGAGGAGCCACAGACACAGUCUCCAAUCUCGCGGAUUCCAACUCGCCAAAUUACGCGUAGAGCAACUGUUCAUGACAUUGAGCCUGAAUCGGAGUUUCAACCUCACACUAUAACAAUGACUCGAUCCAUGACACAACCGAGUCGUAGACAGUCUAUCAGAUCACCAUCUCCCAUACCCGAAGAAAUAGUUGAAGAGCCCGCCAUAUCACGGGUCACGACACGACAAUUGACAAGCACAUACACCGAACCUGUUGCUGGCCACGAAUCUUCUUCUUCGGAACAUGUGUCUGAACCUCUUCAACUCGAACCUUCUCCCGAGCCUAUCCUGCGGAAGGCGACAACACGGCGGCCUACAGAACGAUUGCCUUCUCCCGAGGAGAUCAUCCGGAGGGUUACAACACGAAGACUGACUCAGCCAGCUAUAGAGCCAUCGGCGCCACCUUCUUCGCCUUCUACGGGAGAAGAACCAGUAUUAGCUGAUCCUGAGCCGGAGCUCCCUAUUGCAAGAAGGAGAUCGACACAGCCGGGAGAAUUCGCUUUGCCUGAUUCUUCGAGUCCCUCAUAUCCAUCAUCAGUUUCUGUCGCAGAAGGAGAUGAAAUACUGGAGAUGGUAGUUGAGCCAAUCACAGAGGAGGAGGAUGAUUAUGUUCUACAUGCUGCGACGCGUCGUCCAACGGCCAUGUAUGAACCUCCGCUGCGCCGCCAGACCACUGUCAGAUCGCCACCAUCAGUCUCAAGACGCACUACAAAUGUCUCUCGUCAGCCAACCUUUCCAGAACAGCGUGUUACUUUCGAAGUAUCAACGCCAAUACCCUCGAGGAGGCCGACAGUCAUGUCUGAUCCUGAUCCUAUCAGGCCGGGUGACCCACCACUUUCGAAAGUCGCCACCGGAAGACCUGCACGAAGGCUGACAGAACCAGAGAUGUUACCCCUGCCACUUUCGAGACAACUGACCAGGCAGUCAACGGAGCCGCAAGCAAUGCCCCUUCCACCUUCAAGACAAUUGACUCGGCAGGCGACAGAUCCACUGUCAGUUCCUCUUCCGCCAUCAAGACAAAUGACUCGACAGCCUACAGAGUCGCCAGCAGCCUCUCUACUACCUUCGCGACAAACGACUCGACGGCGCACAGAACCAGCUCCGCCAACACGAGUUUCGACACGUCGAGUGACAGUUGUUGAACCGGAGCAGGCUGGGCCAGAAGUUCGUGAAGUAUCCCGUGCCGUCACACGUCGUGCAACAACACGUAUCGAGAGAGCGAUCACAGUCGGUCCAGAGCUUGCAGACUCUGUACCUUCUUCGGCAUCGUCAUCUAUUCAUACAGAGCUUUUUUCCGAGUCUGAACCUGAGCCAGAACCUGUGGUAGAAAUAAAGUCUCAGCGGGUUUCACGCGCGUCGACGCAACCUGUGUCGAGGCAACCUACCCGACAGCCCACAAGUGUUUUGCGCCAGCCUACGGUAAGGGACCAGACACCCCCGCCAGUGUUGCAGUCGAGGCGGCCAACGAGAAGGCCUCUUGUGGAUAAGCCUCUUGUGGAAGAAAAAACCGAGAUUUUGGCUGACUCUCAGGAGCAAUCCAGUUUGUCGUCGGUGCAUGAACUGCUCAUCGACUUUGGCCGGCCUGAGCCAGAAACCGAGCCACGCGAAGGAUCAGUCACAAAGCCUGACUCUGCGCACACAUCCCUACUCGACGAGCCACUUGCUGCUUACGAUGUCUACAACGCCUUACCAGCAAUUGGACCCGAGGCUCCUUCAGCUUCACCAGAACCACUUGAAGAAGAGCCUUCUGAGAUACUUGAGCUGGAAACGGCACAGCAUGUUUCGGAGCGACGACCUACAAUUCUAGAAGAGGCCAUACCCGAGACUGAGCCUGGCAGGGUCGACAGAGCUCCUACAGCUCUCCUCUCGAGGGACCCGGAGUCUCUCGGACCACCUUUAGCACGUUCGAAGACUCGAUUCGAUCCUGAAAUUGACGACCGUGUCCCCAGAGUAUUGACUAUUCCGCGGUCACAGACUGCACGGCCGCGCAGUGUCAGCGUAGCCCCGGGGGUUGAGAUUGCACCUCCGCAGCCAGUAGAGAAGGACUCGAAAUCUUCUGCGCCUGCGAAAAGACGGCACAAAAAGGUCCCCAAUUACCCACCUGAAGAACAGCAUCCUGCAGCUCCUGCUUAUCCACCUCGUGAGACACCAAAAUGGACUCGUCCGGAUACACAAUCACCGCCGCCAAAGCCUAAAGUCGAGCCGGAGCCAAAGAAGCGGAGAUUCCUAGGUUGGGGCACGAAGCCAAAAGAACAAGCACUGCCGGUCCAGCACCACAACCCUGAGCCUCAUCGGGACAGGCACUUCGUUCCUCCCUUUCGACACGCGGCACCAGGACCACGAGGACCUCCUGGGGGAACGCUACAAAGGCCAAGGGUUUAUGUCAACCCACCUAGACAGGAGCCAUACCGUCCCGUUUAUGCCCGUGAGCCACUACCACCUCGCGAGUACUACCCACCCCGAGACUAUGAUUACCCCGUUCGAGAGGCCCCCAUCUAUGCUCGGAAAGAUGACUACUACCCACGGCUUGCACCAGUUGUAUACCAGCCCGCGCCUGUCCGAAGGGAGCCAUAUCCGCCAGUACCAGUCCGGCGAGAGUAUCCUGUCCGAGCGCAGCCAGAAUACCGACCGCCUCCAAGAGACUACCCGCAAGCCCAGCCUCGAGCUCGAUCCGAGGCUCCCCAUCGUAACGUUCCUCGCCAGCAGCCCCUUCGUAGCCAAGCGCCGCCAUCCGCUCGCCAUCAACCUCCAGCGCAACAAGCUCCUCGUCACCAAGAGAAGGACCAUCACUGGCUUCAAGCGCAUCUACCUUCGCGUCGGCCGCAGAAUCACGAAGAACCCUCUCGCCCGCGCCCGCAGCCGCGAGAUGAGACUUUCUCAAGGCCUCCCCGCCGACAUGCCCCUAGCGAGUCGGAAGAAGAGGAAGAACCGAGACGUAAAACUAUGGGCAGACCACAUCCAAGACAGCAGCCAGAACAGGAGUCCGAGCCCAGUACCGAAGAAAGCUCGGAAGAUCCCUCUUCUGAGCUCUCGUCACAAGGCCAAGACGAUAGUCCCUCUCGUGAAUACAACGACGACUCCAGUACCGGAACCUCCCUCGAGAGUUCAGAGUCCCCACCACCGCAGACUGCAAAGCAACCGCGGACACCAGCACCAGAUCGCAGGGCAGCGUCCAGAGGAGCCUCCGAAUCAGCACCAGAGAGCUCCCAGGUCCCUCCGACGAGGCCAUCAACCGCACUUGGUGGAGGACAGCAACGAGAUAGACCACCAGCCACAAAGGCGGACACGGGGCGUCAGCAGCAGCCGCGAUCAAAGCCUCCAGGUUCGCCGAAGAGAGCCGCAAGCAUCUUCGGACGAGGGAAAGAGCCCAAGCCGUCGUCGAAGCAGCAGAGAGCCCAGGCUCCACAGGGACAGGAUACACAAGAGCAGCCUGGUCAUAAUUCCUCCGGACGGAAGGGUCGCUGGGGUCUUGGUUGGGGGCGUGGCUGA